AUGAAAAACCUAAACCUCUUCCGUGAGGUUCCUUUCAUUCUCCGAUUAACCUCCGACGACGAAACUUUUCGAUUCGCCGCCUUAGAUAUCGAACGCAACCGUCUCUUCUUCCUCUCGUCCCACAAUUUCAUCUACACUUACCAUCUAUCUUCCUUCCAUGAUAAAGAAGCUUGGAGUAAUGCCUCAUUGUUAUCUACAGAUUAUGGCAGCGUUGAUCUCGAACCCGAUGACAGUGUUACUUCUUUUGAUUAUCUUAUGGAGAAAGAAGCGCUUCUUCUCGGAACUUCCAACGGGCUUUUAUUGCUUUAUGAUGUUGACGCUAACACAACUCAAGUUGUUGGUAACUUGGAUGGUGGUGUCAACUACAUUUCCCUUAGUCCUGAUGGUGAACUUAUUGCUAUAAUUACUGGUUUUGGUCAGAUUUUGGUUAUGACUCAUGAUUGGGAUUUGUUGUAUGAAACACCACUUGUUGUUGAUGAUGAUGUUCCUCAAGGCCAUCACGUAAAUGGAGAAAACUUUUUGGAGGGUGGGUUUGAGCAACAUCCGAUAUCUUGGCGAGGAGAUGGAAAGUACUUUGCUACGAUGAGCGUGUGUAGUUCUACUUUUUUGCGGAAACUUAAGGUUUGGGAUCGAGAUUCAGGGGAAUUGCUUGCUUCCUCGGAUGAAAAAACUUUUGCUGGAGCAGUUUUGGAGUGGAUGCCCAGUGGUGCUAAAAUUGCAGCUGUAUAUGACAGAAAAGCUGAAAAUGAAUGCCCUUCAAUUGUUUUCUUUGAGAGGAAUGGUUUGGAAAGAAGCAAGUUUAGUGUUGGUGAAGGAGUUAAUGCAAAAGUAAAAUUUCUGAAGUGGAAUUGCAGUUCUGAUCUUCUUGCGGGUGUUGUAGAAUGUGAAAGUUAUGAUGCUAUAAAGAUAUGGUAUUUUAGCAACAAUCAUUGGUACAUGAAGCAUGAAAUUAGAUACUUGAAGCAAGAUGAAGUCGGGUUCAUAUGGAAUCAAGAAAAACCUUUGCAGUUGAUUUGUUGGACUCUUGGUGGUCAGGUUACAGUUUACAACUUUGUUUGGAUCACAGCUGUUAUGGACAAUUCCGUUGCACUAGUCAUUGAUGGCUCCAAUAUUCACGUAACACCACUUUCCUUAUCUUUAAUGCCACCUCCUAUGUAUUUAUUUAGUCUAAAAUUUUCUUCCCAUGUACGGGGUAUGGCUGUAUAUUGUAAAAACUCCAAGAACAAGUUAGCUGCAUUUCUUUCAGAUGGUAGUUUAUGUGUUGUAGAGCUUCCAUCAAUUGAAACCUGGGAAGAACUAGAGGGGAAAAAAUUCAGUGUUGAAGCCUCUCAUACUGAAAUGGUGUUCGGAUCCAUAUUACAUCUUGUAUGGUUGGAUUCACAUAAGCUGUUAUCUAUUUCACAUUAUGGUUUUAGUCACAGCAAUGACUUAUUCCAAACAUCACUCAAUAAGGAUGCACUUCCAGGCUUCUUUUUGCAGGAAAUAGAACUUGAAUGUUCUGAGGAUAUUGUUCCAGGAUUGCUGACAUGUUCUGGCUGGCACGCAACAGUUUCAAAACAAAAUACCCUUAAAGAGCUUGUUAUUGGCAUUGCUCCAAACCCUGCUAGUAAAUCUUCAGCAUUUAUGCAGUUUUCUGAGGGUAAAAUCAAAGAAUAUUUAUCAAAAGUGGGGACUGGUGGUGGAUCUCAAGAGCAAGAAUUUCAAGGAUUUUCCGUAGUCUGCCCUUGGAUGGGUGUAGCGUUGAUCGGAAGUGUUGGCCAGUCAAAACCAGUGCUUUUUGGACUGGAUGAGAUUGGCAAAUUGCAUACUAGCGGGGGUAUAGUGGUUUGCAACAACUGCAGCAGUUUUUUCAUUUUACUCAAAUUUGGCAGACCAAGUAAUAACACAUCUAAUUCUUGCAACUAA